AUGUCACUCAAGCGGGGCCGAUCUGCUGCCGUCCACGGUUCGUGGAGCAGUGCGAACACAAAUGAAUCUAGUCAACUACAAAGACGUACACAACAAUUGCUCUAUUUCGAAUGCGAUGUGUACACGAUCAGUCGUACGCUCUUACGAGCGUUUGAAGAUUUCUCCGAGGAACGAGCAAAUAUGUUGUUUGAGAAAUAUUCACGAAAGAAGGUGAAUCGAAGUGUGGCUCAUUUUCUCAUCGAUCGUAUCAGUUUUCAACGCAAAGGUGCAUUCGGUUCGAAACCGUUUCGUAAAGAAGUCACUUAUCGGGAAAUUAAAUAUUUUUUCGCCUGGUCUGUCAGACCGGAAUACUUCAUGUUUUGUGUGGCCGAUGAGAAAAUGAGACGGAAAUCCUACGAGAUCUAUCGGUGUGAUAAUACACAGGAUGUGCAUUCAAUUUGCGCUUUUGUGUACAGGGCAACUAAUGAUUCCCAGUUCAUUUUGCGCAAUGAACUUCCGGUGGAUGUGAUUUCUCAGUCCAUAAAUGAAAUGGACGGAAGUUUGCUUAGCAUAGAUGAUGGGGUUGCCGGAACCAUUUCAUCUCAGAACGAAUCAUUGGAACAGAUGAAUUGGAAUAAUCGUUCCCCUGAUCAAGUGGAUCGGACGAACGGAAGUGAACGUGGCAAUUACAAUCGGGAUAAACCACCACGUCCUGAACCACGCUAUUCCAAGUAUGCUGAAGAAGGAAUCAGUAUUACGCGAGAACGACCAACGAGUGUACAUGCACCGAAUCUGUCUCGUACAGCAGCACCCGGGGCAAACCCAUAUACAUCAUCAGAAUCGCGUGCAGUUGAUGUAUACAGUUUUUACGAUCGAUCUCCAAGACUCCAACCACGACGUGCUCCCAGUUGGGGUUCUCUGAAUAAUGAAACGAUGGAUAAAACCAUUACAAUUACUCGUCCAGGCAAUUCGUCAUCCCAGAGAGACUUCAGUGCCCAGUCUGGCGUGUCACUUGUCACUGAAGCGACCAGUCCUUUUUUGUCUACACCCAUUUCUGUGCGACGAGCAACCUCGCCUAAGAAAGUGGACACUUUCACUUCGCCUUUUGAGAACACAAGGCACCUGUUCGCAUCGCCAAAUACCACUGUCUCUUUUGGAUCGUAUCGGCAUGGGGAUGUUAUACGAAAAGAAUUUGAUGUAAGAGGGAAAAAUUAUGUGUUUCAAGAGUCUCCGGGGAUAACACCGAGAAAAGAGAGUGAUCCAACCAUAUUAUACGCUAGCUCAGAAUCAUUCUUCGACCAACCAUUGAGUAGUGAUGGUCCGUUGUACAUGUAUGUAACAUAUGUGGAAUCAGACAGCCAAUUCGGUGGCUCCUCCACUUUGAGCCGAGCGUCCACAAGGACCGGUGCAUCCAGAGCUAUGCUGGACGAAGAGACUACGGACGGGUAA